AUGAUUUCCUUCAGUAUAAAUUAUAAUAACCAACUGAAGAAGGUCAGUAUCAAUAAGAAUAAGACGGUCAGUGAUCUCACAGAGUUGGGAUGCUCCAAAUUCAAUCUCAACUAUGGUGAAUUGUAUUAUCAACAGAAAAAAUUGAACAGUUUGGAUGCUAUCAAAUAUACCAAUUUGAUUAACAAUAGUAAGUUAGUUCUUAAACCAAUCGAAUUGUCAGAGAAAGACGUUAACGUUAAGAUUUUCAAACCUAACGGAGAGUCAUUGAUCAAGAAAAUCUCCAAUAAACUCACGAUGAGUGACAUAUUAAAGGAUUUAGGACUAAACGAAAAUCAUACUGUUUCAAUACUAAAUAAGUCAUUACUGGGUGAUUUCGGGAUGUCACUAGGUAGUUUAAUAGGAGAAAAUAACAAUGUUGUUAUGAGAGUUAGUGAAGUGAAAGAAGAUUCGGUUGAACAAAGGAAAAUCGUAGAGCAACAGUUGAAGGCACAACAGAUAAAGAACGAACAGUUGAGACAAAAGAGGGAGUUAGAAGAAGCUGAGAGAGAACAAAGAUUAAGAGAAAGUAGAAAGAACGAUAUGGAAGUUGAUGAACCUGUCAGAUCUCCAGAACAGUCUGAGAAUUCAGGUGUUGAUUCCCAAGAUGUAGAUUCAUUCCAAGAAGAGAAACUGGUCAUACAGCCAACUGAACAACAAUCAGCACCAGUUGAGACUCCAAUACAAGAAACAACCUCCGAUUACAAUGAAACAGUCGAAGAAGACAUUGCUAUAUACAAACCUAGCAGUACAAAGAUAUAUGAGAACCCAGAUGAAGAUUAUGAGUUCACAGCAAACCAUGCAAAAAUUUAUCAACAGAGUAUCAAAUACAAGCAACCCACAAGAAAGGCAGCCACCAUUCCUGAAAGUUAUCAUGUAAGGAUCAGAUUCCCAAAUAAGUAUCUAUUGGAAAUCAGGUUACCAAACACAUCCAAAUUUGGAGAAUUGAUCAAGAAGAUUGAUGAGAAUUUGACCGAUUCAUUCAAAUCCAAUUAUAUAUUGAAAUUGAGUUACCCACCAUUCACCAAAAUAUCCAUAGAUUUCACCACCAAUAACAAAUUAUUGUCAGACUUGAAAUUCGAUGGUAAAAUGAUUCUUAUUUGGGAAUCGGAGAAGUCUGGUGAUUAUCUCGUAGAAUCUAAUGUUAAAGAUUUUGAUAGUUUGCCUGAGGUGAGAUUAGAGAAUAUGAGGAGCAAUUUACCCGACGAAGUUGUAAAAGUAAAGCAAGCAAAAGAAAGUUCUACUGGUAAGCCAAAAGAUAAGAAAGUUCCUAAAUGGUUAAAAAUUGGGAAAUGA